GCUUAAGGUGGAAACUAAGUCAGAGGAUCUCCAACCAGCAAAGAGUAGCUGCCUGGGAGCUAAUUCAUGUGUAACAAACAAUCUUGAAGAUUCAGAAUGGGAUGAGUUUGGGAGUGAUCCAUAUGCAUUUCCUGUUGUUCCGCCAGUACAGUCAAGCAAUGCAAUUCAGGAUGCUACCUCUUUGAGAAAAGCCGAUGAUAACAAGAAGAUCCGGGCUUUAAUUGAUACACCGACCUUGGAUUGGCAGCGUCAAAAAUCUGAUGGAUUUGGCACUGGCAGAGGUAUUGAAAAGGCUGUGGGAGGGAUUGGUUUUGGGAGAGGUGGUUUGGAGUGGAAAACACCACCACAGGGCUACAUAUGUCACAGAUGCAAGGUGCCUGGACAUUUCAUUCAGCACUGCCCAACAAAUGGUGAUCCUAAUUACGACAUCAAAAGAGUGAGACCUCCAACUGGUAUUCCGAAAUCCAUGUUAAUGGAAACACCACAUGGCUCCUAUGCAUUACCAAGUGGUGCUGUUGCUGUAUUGAAGCCGAAUGAGACUGCUUUUGAUAAAGAAAUGGAAGGUUUGUCCUCUACUCGUUCUGUUGGUGAUGAUCUCCCACCAGAACUUCACUGCCCAUUGUGUAAAGAAGUGAUGAAAUAUGCAAUGCUAGCCACGAAUAUUCUUACUGAUGAUCUUUUGCCAAACAAGACACUAAGAGACACGAUCAAACGGUUUUUGGAAUCAAAUAACAACAAUAGACAAAAUGUUGACAUUUCUUUCCUUGUUCAAGAUGCAGGGAGUCGGUUCUCACAGCCAAAGGUUCCAUCUCCUACGCUGUCUGCAGUCUCAACGGAUAUUCAACAGUCAAAGAGGAGGAUGGAGCCAAUGUCGCAGAGAUGUGCUCCACUGGCUUUUGAAGACAUGCAACAACAACAACAGAAGCCAGUUUUUGGCGAGAGAGAUGGCGAGAUGCAAUGGAUUUACCUAACGUACGGAGCAGCUUAG